AUACCAUCUUGAGAGAGAAGAAAUAGUUAUUUUCUAUAUCAUCUUAAGAGAGAAGAAAUAAUGGCAAACUCUCAACUUCAGAAGAUGGAAACUAAAGUGCAUAUCAAGGCUUCUGCUGAGAAGUUCUAUGAUGUUAUGUGCAACAGGACACACCAUAUUGCCAAAAUUUGCCCUGAAAAAGUACAGGCUGUUAACAUCCAUAAGGGUGAAUGGGGUAACGAAGGAUCUAUCAUCACCUGGAAUUAUUUACUUGAUGGGAAAGCUUGUGUUGCUAAGGAGGUGGUUGAAGGCAUAGACAGGGAGAAUAAUAAAAUGACCUUCAAGGUUAUAGAGGGAGACAUACUUGGGUACUACAAGAGCUUCAAGUUCAGAAUCGAAGCCACUCCAAAGGUAAAAGGCAGUGAAGUGAAUUGGGUUAUGGAAUAUGAGAAACAAAAUCACGACAUUUCCGAUCCUCACACCUUGUUACAAUUUGCCAUUGAGAUGAGCAAAGGCAUUGAUGCUUACCUUACCCAAGACCAAAAAUAAAUCAGCAUAAUAUAAAGCUCAUAGUAAUGUUCUAUGCUAUAGCAAUUAAAUAAAAAGCGAUGUUAUGUGGAGCUUAAUUGCUCUUUAAUACUAUCAAUUAUAUAUGUUAAACGAUUAAUAAAUUGCAUCAGCCUCAACUAAGCGUGAGCUGGGCAAAGAAAAAUAAGUUAUGUUGCUAUAAUAUGUGUACUCUGUGACUUAAUGGUUAUCAAAGUCUUUUCCUGUAUUAGUCUCAAUCUUAUUUGUCAGUUUUACUCUCUUUUUCUCUUGAUCAUUUUAAUUUUAAACAUUGAUUGAUUCAAGAUUAUUUAUUAAUUCUUUCCAUGUUUGAUACUUCUUGUAUGACAUAAAAUCAAUUGAACAGGAAAUGAAAGAAAUUCU